ACGGCUGCGGACAUUCCGCAAUCUUCACGGGUUCUCCUUGCUUGGAAGUUUGUAGUUGUACCUGAGUUUCUUCGGAGGCAAUCAAUUGGAAAAUCAGUAAUCUACUUCGGUUGUUCAACAGAUGCAGGGCAAAGGCUUUUACUGUUUCCAUGUCCUCUCUUUGAUGCUGCUUCUUGUGGGGUUUCACGGUUCUGUACAGGGAAGGUUGCUCUUUGUCUCAAAACCAGACCCAGAUGAUGCUUCUGGCUAUGCCCGUUGGUUGGCCUCCCAAAGUUCUUGGGGGGUCUUAAACACAAUAUCAAGUGAGUUGGGAGGAGCACCGUUCGGGAAUGUUGUUUCAUUUAGUGAUGGAUUGCCUGACAAGGGUACUGGCAUCCCAUACUUCUAUUUGACAGCUCUUGAUCCAACGGCAAGAAAUGCAUUUGAGGACCAGAGGUCUUCACUCUCAAUUAGUGAGUAUCCAAUUGGGACUUGCAAGGCAGAUCCCAUGAAUCCUACCUGUGCAAAAAUCACACUGACAGGAAAGUUGGUGCUUCUGGAUGGAAACUCUAAAGAAGCAGAAUUUGCUCGAAGGGCUUUGUUCACAAAGCACCCGGAGAUGAAGGACUGGCCUGAGGAUCACAACUUUCGUUUCUACAAAUUAGAGAUCGAAGACAUUUUCUUGAUCAACUAUUUUGGUGGGCCAAAGCCUCUCACAGUCGACCAGUACCUACACCCCAAGAAGGACUUACUUGCCUCUGUUCUUUGAAAAAUCAUUCAAUCUCGAACUGUCCACUCUUUUAUACAGACUAUACAGUUGUGUGUGUUGCAAUGUAACUGUGUAUAUUGUAAAUAAUGUUAAAACAUCACUACCAUUGUUUAUGUUCUUCCUAUUACCGUAUUAACUAAGCACAUGCAAUAAACUUGUCGACACAAGAUUUGUUCAGAUGAAUAUCCAUGCUCUAUAUAAUCGAUGUCAUGGAAUUUGUUUCAUG